UGUCCGACGGUUAAGUUAGUGAAAUGACAGUGUUUACAUUUAAAUUUCUUCAAUUAUAUCUUUCAAUAAUAUCUUUUUUUGGGAAUUGUUAAUUUUUAAUAGAAAUGUCCAUGUUAUGACGAACCAUAUAUGUCAGUUAAGUGACUUUAAGCAUCAGUUGAAUGAACUGUUUGAUGCAUUCAAAAACCUCUCAAAAGAGGACCAAACUGAAGCUAUUAGUUUGAUUCGAAAACUAUACAUUGUUACCCUCAACUGUUUCUUCAGUGAAGCAAAGUAUGGAAUGUAUGAUAGCAAGUCAGAAAUCUGCAAGGAUGAUUAUUGUAAGCAUUUAGAUUUACAUGCACACCCACUAGAAAAUGAUAUCUGCUUCUCCUCAGACAGAUUAGAUAAUAAAAGUAUCUUGCAGCUAAAUUUCAGAUUAGGCUCUGAGGUAAAUGAAAACAUGGUCGAAAGUGAUGACAUAAUGAAAUCUACAAUUAAAAAUGAAGAAAUUAUGGAAGAUAUUUGUGGAAAAGUGUCAUGUUCUCCUCAUACAGCUUUUAUCUACAACAUCUCAUGGCAUUUUCAUUUUGUUAAUGUUUGUAACUUAGGAGAAAAAUUACUAGAAGCUAUCUUUAUCAAAUUUAUAGAUGCUUAUUGACUAGCCUGGUUCUUUUUUUUUUCCCCCUUUU